GGUGGCUUUUCAAUGCAGCUGGGCAGCUGGAGGGGAGACUCCCGGGCCCCGAGCCCUCCCCACACGCCCUGACCCAGGUGGGCAGGAAGGGCUGGGGGGCACCCCUGGAGGGGAAUCUGCAAAGCAAUGUGUCUGCCUGGCACCGUGCCCCCUUCCGCAGCAGCAGCACCACCGCCGUGCCAUCCCAUAAGCUUUCGAGCACCUGACCGGUGAUGCCAGAAAGCCAGCGCUCUCCGGGGACCAGCGCCCACUCGCCUCUCUCGGCGGCACGGUGCCAGCCGCACGGUGCCCAGCUGAACACAGAGCUGCUUCAGGGCCAGCAAGAACUUCGGUGAGAAGAAGGGGGGGGGUGUUUUCUGGACGCACCCCCGGCAUGUCUGGAGACAGCGAAGAGGUCACCCGCCUCCGCAAGCCACGCUUCUCCUACGAGGAGAACCAGAUCCUCAUCCAAGAGGUGCGGGCCAAUUACGGCAAGCUGUACGGCACCCAGAGCCGGCGGGUGACGGUGGCCGAGCGCCGGCGGGUCUGGGAGGGCAUCGCGGCCAAAAUCAACAGGAUCACCAGCUGGAAACGCACCGGUCAAGAAGUGCAGAAGCGCUGGAAUGACUUCAAGCGGCGCACCAAGGAGAAGCUGGCGAGGGUGCCCCAUUCCACCCAGGGGACGGGCCACGCCGGCGACGAGUCCUUCUCAGCCGAGGAGGAGACCCUCUUUGCCAUCCUGGGGCCCGGUGUGAUGGCGGGCACAGGCCGGGCAGAGCCCAGCCCCAUGCCGAACACCCCAGGGUUUGCUCACAGCUACCGUCUGGCAGCGGAACACGGCACAGGUGAGUUCGGAGGGUGCCAGGUGCGUCUCGAGGGCAGGGAGCCCACGGCCUGAUCGGUUGCAGGCAAA